UGCACUGGGCAACACGACGAAAGCACGGAGGGCAAAGUCGAGGCGCACGACCUGCCGAGGAGGUAACGUUAAAAGGAGAACACGAGCGAAAAGGAGCGGCAGCCGAGACGCGUCCCGGGUUGGACAAGCGAAGCAAAGGAAACAAGACGAAUGGAAGGCGCGUCCCAGCUGCGGCUGCGGCGGAACUCGCAGGCGGCUGGCCAACGGGAGUCGACGAAACGGUCGGAAGCAAGGAACUAUAGCCACGGCUUGCCGAAUAUACGUCAGAGCUCGCGGUGCUGCGCGCUGUUGCCGGGAGCUCGAAAAGGAAGGGACGAACCGCGAUGGAACCACCUAACGCAAGACGUACAUUAAACGGGCAACACCACCGAGCACCGCGGGGAAAGC